GUCACUGAAAAUGACUGUAUUAAUCAGGCUGAAGUGGUGCAGAAGGUAACGGGAAGUGUGCUCUCUCUCUCCUGGUGUUUGCAGUGGCUAAUAUUUAACAUCUGUACAAGCUAUGUUCUGGGAAAUAUCCUAAUGACACUGUCUUCUUGUACACAGUCUUUUAAACAUGUCUUAAAAUGCUGACCUCUCAUGACUUGGGAACACAUUAUUAUAUUCCAUAUGAGCUCAGACAAUUUGUACUUACUUCUUGUUUCCAUGGCUUUGAUGAAUGAUUUGUGAUGCCCAGUUUGCAAUAUAAAAGAGUUGCAAAGAGAGGUAGGGCAUCAUGAUGCUGCUUUGACUGGUGCUGGAAAGAAACCAGCUGCUCUAAGAAAGGAAACAUGGAUUUUAUUCAUACAUCAGGUGUCCUAAUUAUACAGCAUCUGCAGAACAACUACCGAGAAUACAACAGCUUCCUCAGCUUCAUGUCAAUAGUGGGUGACCCUCGUAAUAUUUUCUAUGUCUAUUUCCCUGUCUGGUUUCAUCUCAGCCAUAAUGUUGGCACCAAGAUGAUAUGGGUGGCUGUUGUUGGAGACUGGUUCAAUCUUAUUUUCAAGUGGAUUCUGUAUGGACAGAGACCUUAUUGGUGGGUUCACGAAACCCACUUGUUCCAGAACAGCUCAAAGCCACAUCUGGAUCAGUUUCACAUUACAUGUGAAACAGGACCUGGUAGUCCAUCUGGGCACGCUAUGGGCUCAUCAUGUGUGUGGUAUGUGAUGGUCACUUCUGCUCUAGCCUUCACCAGGUCCUCUUGCAUCUCCUCUGUCUGGAUCUUUCAAAGGUUUCAUCUCUUGAAGUCCAUUCUGUGGACAGCUUUCUGGGUCAUUCAGAUAAGUGUUUGCAUUUCCAGAGUUUUCAUUGCAACUCACUUCCCUCAUCAAGUUGUUCUCGGUCUCGUCAUUGGUAUGCUUGUUGCUGAAGCCUUUGACUACAUUACCUGGAUCUAUAAUGCAAGCUUGAAACGGUACCUCCUGGUCAAUAUUUUUCUUCUCUCGUUUGCUAUUUGUUUUUACUUGCUCCUAAAGCUUCUGGACUUUGAUCCUUUAUGGUCGGUCACCAAAGCCAAAAUGUGGUGUGCAAACCCAGACUGGAUUCAUCUGGACACCACACCCUUUGCCGGACUAUGCAGGAACCUGGGAGCCUUGUUUGGUCUAGGACUUGCGGUGAACUCUGAGAUGUUCAUUCAGAGCUGUAAGGGAAAAAACAGCUGCAAUGCUGCAUUUAAACUCUUAUGCAUGACUGCAAAUCUCACCAUCCUGCAGCUGUAUGACCUCUUCAAGAUGCCAAAUCACAGUGAGGCUCUGUUUUACUUACUGUCAUUUUGCAAAAGUGCUUCAGUUCCUUUUGGCGUUGUUGCUGUAAUACCUUAUUGUGUUUGUUUGCUAAUCAGAGACGAUGAGAGAAAACUCUGUUAGAAAAUAAAAGGACUGUUUUCUUUUUGCAACAUUUGUCCUCAGUGCGUUUUGUUAUAAUUUGUAGAAAAUGAUGAUUGAUUGUUAUUGCACACAUAGAAGCACUGAAACUGCAAUUUAUGUGGGAAAAAAUUUAUAUUUUUUAAUUUAAAUAAUACAUUUGUAUCAUUUGAUCCCAGUCACAAUGAGAAGA